CAAUCUUCACGCCAGGGUCACUAUCAUUCAAACGGUAUCACCCUUGGCGAUAUUGCUCAAGCGUGUUGCCGGUUGAGCUUCGUUGCUUCGGUAGUCAAGUGGCAUGAAGAUGCCGUGCGUCGAUUGUUAAGCACGAAUCCCCCAGCGUUUUCUCUUCUCUGCACUGCCAAUUUAGUUCAGGUUUGCCUCCAGGUUGGCACCUGCACCCGUAGUUUGGUGAAGUGGCGGUAGCUGCCACUGCCACUGCCACGCAGGUUGAGUAACGAUUGCUAGCACUUCACGUCAUUUCCAGAAUCCACCAGGAUGGCCUCCUCAUUUUCAAAUUCCUUCUUUACUCUUGAGCCGGCCGCAUCAGAGGCAGCAGCCAGCCCAACGACGGAUGAAAGCGGGAGACAAACCAGUCCUUCGGUCGCCGAGAGUGAUCAAACAACUAAAAGCACCAACACCAGCAAGAACAAAAUGUCGUUUAUCAACGAUGCUUCACAACAAGGUGAUCGUCGCCUCUACGGUGGCUCCGAACACUCUAGUAGCGACGAGGACGGUGACCAUAUAAUGGGUGAUGAUAAAUUCGGCUCACCAGCAACUAUGGCCAAGUCGCAGACGACAUCAUCAAAAACACCAAAGUCGAGGAGGCGGGGUACUGCAACUACCAUCAAGGCACCCAAGCGGGCACGGACAGCAGGCGGAGGGGCCAGGAAAGGCACGGCCAAGGGAGCAGCAACAACAACAGGAGGAGGCGGAACCAGGAAGAAGAUCGACACAUCAGCGACGACUCUACCUAGCGAAUUCGACGACGGAGGUAGUGCAGCCGGUAGCCUAGCCGGUGGGCAAGACGGAGGAGGCAGCGGAAUGAGCGAGUCCGACAGCGGCCCCUACUGUAUCUGCGGCGGACCCGACAAUCAUCGGUUCAUGAUAGCAUGUGACCGUUGCGAGGACUGGUUCCACGGCGAGUGUAUCGACAUGGACAAGUACACGGGCGAGAACCUGGUGCAGAGGUAUAUCUGCCCCAGGUGUGAAGUCCCCGGCCGUGGCUUGGUUACUCGGUACAAGAAGAUGUGCUCGCUCGAUGGGUGCGACCAGCCGGCCAAGAUUUACGAGGAUGCCAGAGAGGAGCGCAGCAUUUUCUGCUCGCAGGAACAUUGCAAUGCAUGGUGGGAUCAACUGGUUGCUACGCUGCCACGAACAAGAGAGGUGGGCAUGGACAACUUAACUCGGCAGGAGUUUAUGGGACUCUUGAAUUCGCCGGAUAGUAAACCCGGCCAUGAUGAUCCGCCAUGGCAUCUUGGGGAUGAACCUUUCGGCGUCCCCCCAAAUUUCUGGAACACCGCCGACCUCUCGGUAGUCCUCACGCCAGAAGAGCGGUCCAUCCUCGACCGCUCCGCCGCCGACCGCUACGCUCUGGGCGAGGAAAUUGGGCUCUGCAAGAAGAUGCUCCAGCUACUCGACAUGGCGGUGAAGCGACGCGAGGCGGCCAUCAUGGCGGGGAAGGGCACGGCCAAGGAUCUGUGCGGCUACGACACGCGGCUGGACACAGUCGGGGCAAUUCACGCGUUUAGUGUCUUUUUGAAGAGCGACGAGGGAGAAGCGAUUUUCAAGAGGGGACGGAUGGACGCGCCUACAGAUUUGUUGGCUUUGUUGUCGGAAUCUGCGGUGCGUAUCAAGAGUGAGCACGAAGAUGAAGAUGACGAGGAGGACGGCGACGAUGAGGAAGAUGAGGAAGGUAGUGUCAAUGGUGUCAAUGGCUGGGCCCGCCGCAACGGAAUCAACGGUGUUCCUAAAAUUGACCCCCUGACGGCAGGUAUGUGCACCAAGAAGAAGUGCAAGCCACACUCUGGUUGGAUGGGGAUCCUUUCCAAGAAUGUUAAGCACACCAUGAAGGAGCUCGCGGCGGAGGCAAAGGAGAAGUUGGAUACCGAGACAAGGGUUCGCGCUAGUGCGGCGGGGAGGUACAGGAGGAAAAUGAAGGAGGAUAAUAGGGUGGUGGUGCUCUAUCGCAGUUCGGAUGAGGAGAUGAGUGAUGAAGAUGAGGAGAUGGGUGGUCAGUGAGUGAUAUAUCAAAAGGCGGUACUGUCGCUUGGAGAGGUCAUUGCUAUCGUUCUGGAUCCGUGUGGAUGUCCAUCUCUUAUGGUCAGCGAAACUACACCAUCGGCCGGCGUGGAGAGCCGGUCGUACCACAGAUAUCAUUGAAGGUGUUUAUGCGCCUUGACCCUUUGCUAGUACAUUCGUAGCAACAUAACACAUGGAACAUGAUUGCUCAUAGUCUGGGAUAUAUCAGAGGAUAUAGACAGGAAUGAAAGGAGUGAGUAAAG